UAUUUUGAAGAGACAACACCGGACGUGUUGUUUACCGUCAGCGCCGGUUGACGCCUGGGCCCAGUCAAAACAAUGCAGCUUAUCGGGCCUGCAGCGUCCAGCUAGUUUUAUACUUACAGUUAUUAACCGUAAACCUUGAAACGCUGUGAAAAUCACCGCCUGGUGUUUCACUUUAUUUACGGUUCAGUCGCGUCGUUCCCGCGGUCCGUGUCGCCCGGAGCCGUUUCUCUUGUUUACGCUUCUCCCGCGGGUGUUUGUGUUUUGUUCUCGGUGACGGUUGGAAAUGGAGGCGGCUAACGGGCGUCUGCUGCGAGGAGCCCGGAGCACGGCGGAGGGGAGCGGCUGAAAAACACCAAGAAAAAGAUAAACAACAAAACGAGAGGGAGGGUGAAAACGGGGCGGGAGUUGACAUUGAUUAGAAAAGGCGGAUUGAUUAACCAGGUCUGGUUAGCAUGGUGGAGUAGGCAUCUCCGGUGUUAACGCUACCGGGCUCCUCCGACCGAUCGACCGACCGACGGGCGGCUCGCUCUCACCGCGGAGGAUCACCAUGGCCCCGGGCUCGCUGGUGGCGGCCUGCCGCAGCUUGGCCCUCUCUACGUGGCUGCUCUCCUUCUGCUUCGUCCACCUGCUGUGCCUGGACUUCACCGUGGCCGAGCGGGAGGAGUGGUACACCGCCUUCGUCAACAUCACCUACGUGGACCCGGCCACCUCGGAGCUCCGCACCGAGAAGACGGAGUGCGGUCGCUACGGGGAGCACUCCCCGAAGCGGGACGCCAAGGGGGUGGUGGUCCUGCCCGCAGCCCCGCACGAUCGCCAGGCCUGCGACCCCAGCACCCGGUUCGCGGUGCCCGCACAGGCCGGGGCCUGGGUGGCGCUCAUAGCCCGGGGCAACUGCACCUACAAGGACAAGAUCCGCCACGCAGCGAGCCACAACGCCUCGGCCGUGGUCAUCUUUAACGUGGGGUCCACCAACGCUAACGACACCAUCACGAUGCCCCAUCCAGGUACAGGUGAGGUGAUCGCCAUCAUGAUCCCGGAGCCGAAAGGCCGCGAGGUCGCGUCGCUGCUGGAGCGCAACGUGACGGUCACCAUGACGAUCACCAUCGGGACGAGGAACCUGCAGAAGUACGUCAGCAGGACGUCGGUGGUGUUCGUCUCCAUCUCCUUCAUCGUGCUGAUGAUCAUCUCCCUUGCCUGGCUCGUCUUCUACUACAUCCAGAGGUUCAGAUACGCCAACGCUCGAGACCGGAACCAGCGUCGUCUUGGCGACGCGGCGAAGAAGGCCAUCAGUAAACUGCAGGUUCGCACCAUCAGGAAGGGCGACCAGGAGACGGAGGCCGACUUCGACAACUGUGCCGUCUGCAUCGAGGGCUACAAGGCCAACGACGUGGUGCGCAUACUUCCCUGCAGACAUUUGUUCCACAAGAGCUGUGUGGAUCCGUGGCUGCUGGAUCAUCGCACAUGUCCGAUGUGCAAGAUGAACAUCCUGAAAGCCCUGGGCAUCGCUCUGAAUGCAGAUUGCCUGGACGACCUGCCGCUGGACUACGACCUGGCCCUGGGCGGCGUGGGUGGGGUCGGUGUGGGCGGGGUAGGUGGAGUCGGGGCCCUGGCCCUUGAGGCCGUGGUGUCCGGGGCCUCCAGUGACGGUACGCUGAGCGAGGGCGGCUCCUCGGUGGUGCUGGACCCCGGCGUACGGCGGGUCGGACUCCCGCAGGACUACCAGGACCCCGACACCCUGAGAGACAGCCCAGUGACGGCCACCACCGACACACACACAGGUGAGCUUCAGCCAAUGGCGAGCAGCGCCUCGGUGGCGUCAUUGGUCAUUGCCGUGGAAACAGGUCUAUCAGAUGAGGAGGGGUCUAUGGAGCAGUCUCAGCUGGGGGAAAAAUCCUGAGAGGAGCACAACAGAACCAAACCAGGAACCGGGCCAAACAGACUCCGAUCAGGUUCAGAUUUUUAACCAGACUUCAGUGGACCUGAAAUCACAUCUGAGCCAAACCCGACUGCACUAGACUAAGUACGACCCGAGCUAGCCCCAGGCCCUGGUUCUGGUUUAGACUGGUUCCAAGUGGAAGCUAAACCCAGAACCAGCACCAGGGUCUGACUGGGUUUUUUCCUCUUUGAACAAAUCUUUGCUAAACCGAACCAACUUGUCUGGACCACAGCUGGACUCGAGCCUAGCUAGAACCAGGGGAUGGGUUUUUACAUAGUUGAAUUAACGUGUCUGGACUCAAAGACAACUCACCGACUCGGUCUGGAUUCAUCUCUGGAUUCUUCCCGGACACUCGGUGAGGUCCGACCCAGGACCUAACACGGUUGUUGUCCAGUUCCUUGGUCGAACCCUCAGCAGAUGUUUCUCCAAGGUUAAACUGGGAUUAAAGUCAGUCUUACCUGUCCGUCGUCUGUCCGUGCAGAUGUCUGAACCAACCCACAUCUGCCUCAGUUCAUGCUGCGUGUAGAAUUAGACGAUCCAGAUCAGUUCCUCUGCCUCGAACAUCUGUGAAUAAUCCUGGCGAUGGAAAGUUAAAUACGAAUCGACUCCUGACUUGAAGGACCUUCGGCGCGCAGACGGGAUUCAAACAGACGACCUGACAAAACCCAAGAAACACGAGGUCGAUCAAACUCACCGCGGAGCUCGUGUGAACAGGGACCUGAGAAAGUCGGCUGCCAGAACAGGAAACGCUCAAUAUUCUUCUUCAUCAGCUAAUCUGGAGGCCCUUGAUGAAUGCAUGAGAGAUCCAGGGGAGAUCUAGACUUUCGUAUUUCUACCUGUUCUUCAGUAAGGAGUUCUCCCGUCUCGGAGUAUUCAGUCACCUGGUUCUUCCAGGUGGAGCGGCACAACAACGACACAACCAUUGACGGACAAUGACGCAGUUAUCGGGGCUGCUGGCUUCCUGUAAGAUUUGGUCUUUUUGGUUAAUUUAGCUCAUUUUGAUUUGCCUGCCAACGCGCCAGGCUCUGUUUCUUGAUGUGUGAUGGCUGACUCAUUUUGGAAGGAAGUCUUAUUUUGAAAGGACACACCAGCUACUCUGAGCAGUGGAUUCAGCUUUUGUUUUUUUUUUGUUUUUGUUUUGCUUUAACAGUGGACUCAUCCUGGCAGUAUUACAGCUACAGUAUUGAACAGCAACUACACACAGUAUUUUAUUUUCUCUCUCUCUCUCUUUUUUGCCUGUCUGUAUAUUUCUAGGCCUCUUUAUCUUUACAGUAUUUGGUUUGGACGCUUUCUUUCCUCGACUGUGGCUCCAAACAGGGUUCCUAUAACGUGAGAAAACCAGGUGACACUUUCCAGGGCUGUACAGAAAACGACGAGGUGUGAGGAACGUUGAAGACACGUUGACGAUCUGCAGCUUGGUUUUUCAGAAUGUACAAACCUUUCAGGGAAACGGUCACGAGAGAAAUGGCGCCACUAUAGAGGAGAGUUUUCAGCUGCACCAUCACCUCUUUAGAUAGUUUGUCCGUGUAUAUGGUUAAAGAAAACAUCUGUAACGCCGGGCAGACACUGUAUCUUGUUGACUCAUACUACACAUUAUAAGACAAGUUCACACUAAGCAUGGACUCACACAUUUUCUCAUAUUCAAACGAAAGUUCACGUCCUCAACAACGUUGACAAACCGAGACGAACGCAGCGUUACUUUUGUGCAAAACUGCUAUGAACGAAAGACGCAGAUCUCACACCAGCCGUGAUGCUGACGUUCGGUCUCGUGUAAUAACCACUCAUGACUCGGACCACACCUGUAGAGUUUCAUGACUGCACCUUGCACAGUGAGGAUUAUCACGGUUACACAGUAAGUCCACAGACAUAAACACUGCCAAAGUGCUCACAUCUAGCAUUGGGCCCGAUUCUAAAUUGGGCGGGACCAGUUCACGGGUCAACUCGGGCUGAACCUGUAUAGUGUCUGCCUGGCUUAGGUUGUAAGAUACAGACUUUCCUCGUCAGUCUUCCGUCUCUCCUGCGGUGUAACGUUCGGCAAGCGUUGUCCGAACUCCCUGUGACAGUCCUCUGUUCAAACGCCACGUAGGAACCCUGAAUAUAGUGUUGCCUUGUUUCGUUGUGUCUCUGUCCAUCCAUCUGUGCGUCUGCCUGACCACACGUGUCUCCUAGCAUGGCCUCAUGCUGCCUUUUGAAAAACACAUUGACCUUUAACCCCGACAAUCAAGGAUCGGAUCGUUUCACUCUCUUCAACCCUGCGGUCUACACUACAGUAGGUGUAGCUGCCAUCACAUUUCCAGAGGUCACAUAGACGUUAAGUUUCAGAGCUGUAGACGGACGAGAGCUUAGCGAAGAAUCCCUCCCUGCUUUAGUGAGAACCGCUCACUCCUGAUGUGUGCAACAGCUCAAAGCCAAACGUGUAAAUAUAAAAUGUACACAGUUUCACUACGCCACGUGGCGUUGCUGUCGGUUUGCCGAACCGCUGUGCAGACUGCGUAAGGCUUCGGUUGUGGCGUGGUGUCGCCGGUGCCGUGAGCUUCCUGAAACAGAGAGAGAUAAAGAUUGUCGUCUAUUUUGAUACCAGAGGAGACGUUUAUUUUUGUAAUGAAGACACCCAGCAGCAAAGACUGAUUCCCUUCCCAUCCCUUCAUUACCCAUGGCCCGAUGAUACUCAAUGGGAUUAUUGAUCAGACAGAUUUAAGUGUUGAUUAUUUGUGUAAUUGUACAUACAUACAGUACGUAACGGACCUUGGUAAUAUGAAACUAUACGCCCGUAAGUUUGUCAGUAAACGUUUGGGAUCUGUCGAUGUAGCCUGACGAAAACCUGAGAGAACUGAGUCUGAUCAUCAGCUGGACGACCAGUUCUGUGCUCAUUAUGCUUUUCAUUUUUUCCCGCCCUCCAAAGUCUGGUGUAAAAAAAAAAAAGAAAGAAAAAAAGAUACGAGUUUCAUUGCAGGAAUAAGUUUAAAGAACACUUUACCAAUCCAACAGUCGGUUACACAAGUGUUGCGUCCACUAUUCAACACUUUAUAUAAAUAACUAUAUAACACAAAAUCAAACCGGUUCAGUUCCCGGUCGUUACCGUGCUGGUGUUUCCUCUCCGACCGUCAGAAACCAGAAAGACUUUUAGUAUUUUUUUUAAAGGUUCUUCCUACUUUGCUUCCUUCCUCCUCACGGUUCAGUUUCAGGUUCAGUCAGUUACCAAGUAUUUAACAAACACUAAUUAAACACCUGUCAAAUACUGGAGAGCUUCUUUGCUGUAAUAUAUGAAGAUGAUGAAUUUGUUUGCCUUGUCUCGGCCAAGUUUCAGUGAAUAAUGUUUUAAUUAAAGUCACAUCUUUUGUGUCGUAAGCUUUAUUUUCAAUUAAUUUAGUUGAAUUUCAUGUUAUUUUCACUUUUGCACUCUUUUUUUUUUUUUUUUUUUUUUACGUGAAAGUGAACUUCACUCAACCCUCCUCUGCAUCCAGUUGUUUUAUUAGUAAAGACUGAAGCUGCUGUGUCAUGCUGCUGUCCCUUAGGGUCGGGUAUCAAACCUCAAAUCCUGCUUUAUUACCACCUGAAAUGUGACAAAAACAUCUGGUCAAAUUCAUCAUUUCCUGUUCUCACUCUUUGAUCCAAUGGUUUUCUGAUUGACGUUAAACAUUUUGCCAACAUGCCGCUCUUUUGUUUCUGUACGCCAUCUUGUUUAGACUUGUUUCUGUAAUGUGAGAAAAAGGCAUUGAUUCGUUUUGGUAACGAAAAAACUGAAUGAAUGAUACCCAGCCCUCAUACGCCAUUAAUACAGACCUUUGCCAAGUUAAGUAUUUCUUCCAUCAAGAUCUAAUGAAGAGUGUGGUUUAAGAAACACGGUCAUCUUCAAAUCCAAGUAGAAAACUCCGAAAAUAUGAACGUGUGUAAUUUAAUUUCAUCACGAGGCUGAAAAAUUGUUCAUGACACUAAUUUAUCGGAUCAGUGCGACAAUCAAGUUUAGACUUGACAGAUAACUUUUGUCUGAUCUCAGAGCAAACUGCAUUCACGAAGAAAACCUUCCAUAACUAUUAAAUUAUGGCUUUCAUAUCUUGUGAAUUUGAUAGGCACUACAUAAUUACCUAGCUUCAUUAUAAUGUUGUAACUGUGGCCUACAAUAUUUGUAAUUAAGCUCACGAUAUGUAAGGCUUAAUACAGCUGUUAAAAGGUUUGAGAUAGAUUACGGAUUCUCCUUCAUAUAACUGACAUAAUGGCUCAUAAGUACGAGAUGUUCAGAUUUAUCACGUAUGAAGUCAUAAUUCUCUUUUUGCAAUCGCCUUAAAUUGAUUUUGUACAUCAGCUUGUCAGAUGUUGGGACCUUCAUGUCACUGCCAGUAAUGACGUCUGAUUGGUUCUUUGUUCUCCUCCCCUCCCUAUUGGCUGUUUUCUGAUUGGUUGCUCAGCCCCUUUUGUUGAUGCACUUUAAUACUGUUUCUCUGGAAGGUUCUUGGUAAAGUCUUCUUGUCUCCCCCUCCAUGUCUUUUCUAUCACUCUUCACUGUCAUUUUUUAUUUUGUUUCUCUUUCUGCUUUAUUUCUCUCAAGAUUUCUAUGUUGGAAAUGUUUUGUGAGAAGGUGCUGAGACCUUUGUGUAUUAAAAAAUGGAUCAGCCCUGCUUGAACUACAAAUCACAUAUUUGUAAACCGACUGCCUUUUUGCCAUAUAUUGUAAUUUUGUGUCGUAGUUUCUGAUCGUUUUCCUGAGCCGUGUGAUCCCAUUGGGAUUGAGAUAUUUACCCUAAAUAUCUGACUCUUAAAGCAGCGUCAGUGUUGAACAUUCAAACUUAAGGAUUUUUAGUCAUCGCGUUAGCAUUUAGUCACGGCUAUAGAAGAAGGAAUCGGAGAAAUUAAAGGGAAAGCAGAACGAAAGACAAAACUUUCAGACCCUUCCAGAGAGACGGCGAGAGUCGUAGGAUGAUCAGAUGAGUUUGUAGCCACGGUAACCCCUCGGCUGCCAUGACAACAGGGUGUGAUGUGGUGUCGUGUGUGUUUCUACAAUAUUAAUUGUUUUCAGAACGUCUGUCUGUGCGAUUGUCCUGUGCACGCCAACACAAAAUACACACACCCACAUACAUACGUGUAAAUACAAGGCGGUGUGAUGCCAUGUUGUUUCUGUGUUUCAGUUGUUGCACGUGUUCUGAUUCAGGACAGAAUUUAAAUAAAAUUUUAUUGCAAGUUUUUGUUUUUAUUCCA